AUGUCAGAGAAUACGGAAACAGUGGCAUCCGAGAAGUCAGUAGAAGAAACGAAUAACAAACCGGAGCGGGAAUCAAGUAAAUUCGGUGAACUGCCGUUGACAUUGAGUGAACGACUGGAGAAGCUGAAUAAGAGUGAUUAUUUGAGCCGUUCAGCAGACGACCCGCGAUGGUUUGACCGAGAGUAUAAUCAGAAACAAAUCGAUUCCCCCUCCGACAGACCGUUUUGGUCAGCUCCGAUUGAUGCUCGCUAUCAGCAAAUAAAGAUGGGACGCCAUUGCAGUGAUUAUUAUCAGGAUUAUUACCGGUGCACCAACUUGUUGGGUGAAGAUUACAAACCAUGCAAAUUCUUCUACAACACUUUUAAGGAUAUAUGUCCAUCAUCAUGGAUACAGAAAUUUGAUGAAUGGAGAGAAGAAGGCGUGUAUCCGGGACAUUUUGAUCGUUAA